UCCCCUCGACCAAGGAGGAGGCUUUCGGUGGAGAUGCGGGAAAUUGGCAAGGACGGCUACUCGGACAGUGAUCACUACCCCCCCAUGCAGGGGCAUGGCCGAGCUGCCUCUAUGCCACGGCUGCCUGCCGAGAACCAGCGGAGGAAGGUGCGGCCCCGAGGAAAUAAUCUCAGUACUAUCCCAGAUGUCAGCCCCAUGAAGCGCUCGGCCUCAGUGCUGGGGCACCCGCGGGCCCGGGGCAUCCGCCUGGAUGACUACUCAUUGGAGCGCGUCCCCCCCGAUGAUGCACAGCGCCAUCACCUGCGCCGCAGGGACCGGGACCGGGACCGGGACCGGGACCGUGCCCACCGUGCCUCUGACCGCUCACUGGGCCGCUACGCAGAUGCUGAUGCAGGCCUGGGCACGGACCUGAGCAUGACACCGCCAUCGGGUGAACUGCCCCUGAAGGAGCGUGAUGGGGAGCGUGGACGCCCCAAGGACCGGCGACAUCACCACCACCAUCACCACCAUCACCACCGGCACGAGGAUGGGCGGCCUCGCGACCGUGACCGCCGCUGGGGUGCCCCCUGCCCCACCCCCCUCAUCCUCUAG